AUGAAAAAACUUCUCUUCUCCUUCUUGGUUCCCCUUGCAUUCCAGAUAGUUUCAGCCCAAACAAGAAACUUAGGAAAUCCGCUAAUUCUAACGCCUCUCAUAAAACAAGGAAAACUUAAAGCUGCAAGAGAAGCUGCAAAGGUAGAAUUGAAAGAUUUCCAAGGGGUCAACAGCUACGCUGGCUACCUUACCGUGGACGAAAAAACCAAUUCAAACUUGUUCUUCUGGUUUUUCCCUUCUACUAAUAAUUAUGCCAAAGAUCCAGUUCUGCUUUGGUUGCAAGGAGGACCAGGAUACUCCAGUUUAUUUGGCCUCUUUCACGAAAAUGGUCCAUUCAUUGUCAAGAAUGAUACUGUGUCACUGCGUAAAUAUUCUUGGAACAAAUUUUCUUCAGUACUCUACAUCGAUCAACCUGUUGGUACAGGGUUCAGCUUCACGGAUGGCGAUUACGUAACAAAUCAAACUCAAGUAGGAGAUCAUUUGUAUACCGCUCUCAUACAAUUCUUUACUUUAUUCUCGGAGCUACAAAAACUUCCAUUCUAUGUCACUGGAAUAUCCUAUGCAGGCAAAUAUGCACCUGCUAUUGGCUACACUAUCCACCAAAGAAACCCUUCUGCUGAUUUGCAAAUUAACUUACAUGGACUCGCUAUGGGAGCCGUAUUAACCGAUCCAAUAAAUCAGGUGGAUUACGGUCCUUUUCUGUAUCAAUUAGGUCUGAUUGAUAGGAAAACAUUAAACAAAUAUAAUACCAGAACAAGUAAAAUUAUCCGUUAUAUUAAGCAAGGAAAGUAUUACAAAGCUACAAAGGCCAUGAAUGAAAUAUUUUUUUGGUAUUUUGAUGACACUGGCUUGAACAAUCUCUACAAUUAUCUUAAAGAUGAUGAUGAUCUUGACAAUGAUGUGGAUUGGGCUAAUUUUAUUACUAAAGAUCGCGUGAGAAAGGCCUUGCAUGUGGGAACAGCGAACUUUUCUAUUUCAAAUGACGAUGUUUACGACACCAUGUUACCUGACAUAACUAAAAGUGUUGCCCCGUGGCUCAUUGAGCUUCUGAACAACUACAGAGUAUUAAUAUUCAAUGGGUCGCUAGGUGUUAUAGAUGGUUACAUAUUGACAGUUAACUUUUUAGAGAAGCUAAAGUUUAGUGCCGCAGCUGAAUAUUUAUCAGCUGAUAGACAAAUAUUGCGUGGUGAUGAUGAUACAGUGGCUGGUUAUAAGAAAAUUGCUGGUAACUUAACAGAUAUCUUAAUUAGAAACGCUGGACAUAAUGUUGCGGUUGACAAACCUAAGGAAGCUUUUGAAAUGAUUAAAGAAUUUAUUAACAAUCGUUGA